AUGAGCGCAUUUGUGCGAAUAUCUGGUCGGCCGAACACAAACUUUCUGGUCGGAUACCCAGGAAUAUCUGCCACACUGCCUCGCAUCGAAGGAACUGUAGAAAUCCGCCCCGCGACCGGUAUCUCGAGCCCGGUGAACAUCUCCAUCGUCACCAUAUCCCUGCAGAGACGAGAAAGCAUCCACCCUCAUGCAGACUCGGUGGCCAAGAAACACCUGGCGGCGCCCAGGAAGGAAUCGACGGAAACAGUUGGGAAGGAAAUGUUAUUGUUCCGAUGUCCGGCCAACAGAGACUCCGAAGAGAUCAUGUACAUGGACCUACCGUUUGUCAUCUUCAUUCCCUUUGGCAGAGGAGGACAGGAAACUGCCAGACGAGUCCCGCCCGCCAGUUUGCAGUUGCCCAGAAGAACGGCCGAAACAUACUACGAGAUGGUGGUGACGGUCGGGUACGGGUCUGGUGAUCGCAAACAAUAUGUCACUCCUGUCCCGAUCGCGCGAUACGACACGUUGUCCACCUUUGGCAUGUACAAUCGUCCCGAAACAGCAGAGAGAGUCUCGGAUCAUUUGGUCACCCUGGGCAUUUCGUUGCCAAGGUGGUCGUAUGGGCCUCUGGAUCCCGUCAGCGUGUACAUCAAACUGUCGCCGAACCCAGAUUGGUUGAGCAAGGCGCGCAAAGUCACGAUUCGCAAGAUCGAAAUUGGCAUCGAUGAAGAAGUCAUCUAUAACCAUGAAGGGGACGAACCGCAGAGGAAGACCAAGAGUCUCGUCAAGAAGACGGAGAACGUCGGGGUCAAGAUGCCUGAAGCCGGCUACUUUACCAAUCUUGGACUUGUUUUUCCUGCUAAUGAUCUUCGCGAUGCUGAUGGCAUCAUGCCGCGUGGCAGGGCCGCCUUUCCGACAUAUGCGGUCACGGGCUUCACGACAACCGCAGGCUUGUACAAGGUGGAAUACUACUUGACCAUCAAGGCUUCUAUGAAUGGUGCCAAAGACAUUAUUCUCAAACAGCCAAUCGUAGUAUGUCCUCUGGAUCAUGCCGCGUGCAAGGCGGAAAUGGAGGCCAUCGAACAAGCCGCCCGUGACGCUUCACAUGUCAAUGCCGAUAAUCCAAUGUUACCCUUGGCCACCAUUAUACGCGCCUCAGAUCCCAAUGCCAUGAGCUGUCUUGGGGUCGCACUUGUCGGAUCGACCAAGAAACCAUUGAUUGAGUGA